AUGCUUCGACGGUCAAAUAUUGCUGAAAAAAGAAUUUGGUUAACUAGAUUUGUGGCAAAUGUAGGUACAGGAUCACCUAUUUCUUUCUCCGGUACUGGUGCUCAAAAAGAAGGAAAAAUGAAUCCACAGGAGAAGGACUAUAGUGGACCUAUUCCAGGUGCAACAGGAAAGGAUAAUCGUCCUGGUAUUUAUGCGGAGAAGAAAGAGCCCACCUAUUUUGAAAAACGUUACCCCAGAGGGGAUGCAAAUCUCCCUAGUAAGCGCAUUAUUGAACCAAAUGAACCUAAGGAUCGUUCUGAUAAUCUUAAGGCUCCUGAGUAUGAUACAUCCCUUGGUAAAUUUGAACAAGCACCAUACUUUACAGGAGGUCCUGCUGCUAUGCGAUACCAAAAUUAUGUUCGAGAACCAGCAAAUAAAGAAGCUGUUGAUUAUCGUGAUGUAAUACCUCUUCCACCCUUUGAAGGUCAUCAUCCUGAUUUUUCUUAUGCUUCUGUAACUGGUAAAAGAGAGGGGAAUAUAACAUUAUUGGCCAAUACUGUGGUGAAUUGGGAACUAAAGGCAGCUAUGAUGUCUCUUUAUCGCUCUUGUCUUAAAGGACUUCCAAUGGUGAAGCAUUAUUAUUGGCUUCUUACACCAUUACCAGAUAUGAAAGGAAAAAUACGUGAACGUUUUCUUCAAAAUCAGCAUACUAAGGAUCCUGACGCAAUAAGACAUCUACUUCAUAAUGGUUGGAUGGAAUAUCAAGAAGUAAUUUUAUUUAGAAGAAGUCGUGCAUCUGUAGCAAAGUUUUUUGAAUGGGAAAGUCAAGAUGAACUAGUACGUGGUUAUACAAGAGAAGAAGGUAAAAUGCAAGAAGAAAGGGCUUUUUGGAAUGGAGAGGAACAAAGACGUGAAGGUCCAUAUGAUGGACACUGGUCGUGGUUAGGAAAGGAAUCUGAAAAGGAAUUUAAGUUAAUGGCUGGUAGGAUUCCUGUAUCAUGGACUACCUCGAAAGGUUAUUUUGAAAAGUUCGAAGCAGAUGGUACCAAUUACUGGGAAAAAAAUCUAGAUUAUGAGGGUUGGUAUAUAAAAAAUGUUGAUCCUGAUCGUCAAAACGCUAGAAGAGAAAUGCAAGGAUGGAUUGAAAGUGGUUACAAUCAACCUAAACACUACGCAAGUAAAAAUAGACGUGGGUAUCGUAGACUUGUUAAAGAUAUUGAAACUAUGAUGGAAACUUCUAUGGAAGAUCUUUAUACAAAAAAUAGGGAGCAAUUAUUUCAAUAUCUUAUUCGAGAAACUCAUCCUGAGUCAAAUCGAAUUAAUGCUGAACGUACUUUGGCUAGACAAGAUGAUGAUUUUUACUCUACUAAAUUUGAUGAAUAUGAGAAGUAUUUAAAGCAAACUAUGCGUGAGAUGCCUAACCCACGUUUAUGGAAAACUGAUGCUUUUUACUUUCGACUACGGUAUUUGAUUUCACCUCUUGAAUAUAAUUGGGCAAAAGUUCCAAUUGGUGCAACCCAGGAGAAGCUUUAUAAUGAAUGGAUUUCUGAUAAUGCAAAUUAUGCUAUCAUAAACAGUUUAACGUUUGAGACAAUAAAAAAAGACAAGAAGCGAAAUCCAAUGGCUAAUACAUGGGCUAAUUUUUAUGAGGUAUUUGAUCCUGAUGUACCUGAAACACGCAGACUUCCAUGGUAUCAUCCUGAUUUUAAUUACGAUCGUCGACAUAAAUGGGAUGAAAGGUGUAUGAGAAUGAAACGAUGGGUUCAAGGAGGUACUAUUGAUGGUAAAUUACCUUUUUUUGAUAGUAUUAUUUCAGAAUGGGAACAAUAUGUUAACCGCCCAGAAAGGUUUCGUGCAUCAGACAGUGCAGAGCGUCGCUAUGCUGCUCCAAGGAUGGUUCAACUUUAUCGUUCUCUUAACCGCCUUAUGGAUGUAGCUUUAGCGAACCAAUUGAGGAGAACACUGGAGAAGGUUGUUGGAAAGACCACGAAAGAGUUGUCUGAACUACCUUCUCAUGAGACUGAGAAAUUGUUGGAGAAAUUGGAUCUUAGGAAUUUUAAGUUCAAUGUUCCAGUAAUUAUUUACCCUGAUGGGGCUGUUCAAGAGAAAUUAGGACUUGAUGGAAAUGUUCUUGUGUCACAAGUUUGA